AUGACACUUUCCUCACAACUCAAUCAAAUUUUACCGCAAAAAUUUUUUGGAUUUAUUCCUCUUUACAUCGGAGUUGAAUUGAUCUUAGCUGUUGCCAUAAUAAAUAAAGCAGGAGGCGUUUAUGGUAUCUUGUCAAUUAUCACCGGGCAUCCUUUGAAUUUCUGGCAAUGGCUCUAUAAUAUCCUAGCCAUAUUGGUUUUACCAUCCUACAUAUCCGGACUCAUACAUUUGAAAAAUAGAAAGAAUAGCUCGAGGAAAAUAUCAUUGGCAUGUUUAGUUUAUGUUGCAGAUUCUGUGCUUGGAUUAUUAUAUACCUUUUAUUUUUUGUAUUUCUGGUUUAGUAGAGAAGAUAAUAAUCCCACUGCUGAUCCACUUAGCCAGAGAGACAACAACAUUGCAGAUGCAGCUAUUCCACCUUCUUCGAGUCAAAAUUCUGCAAUACUUGCAUCGGAAUCUGCUUCUCCAGGAAGAGAAUUAUUCUUAACAUUAAGCGGCACUAUCAUCAUUACCGUCAUUAGAUUUUACUUCACUUUGGUAGUGGUUUCAUUUACCAAAGGAUUAUUAAAACAAGAUCUGCUUAACAUGAAGUAUGAUGAUGGAAACACCUACGAUGAUGAAGAACAGAUCUUAUCUGAUGGUGAAGGUAUUGCUUCCAAAUAUAAGAAAUACAUGUAUGAUGUAGAGAUGAAAUCAAAAGACGUGUUACGUAACUUCUUUAGCUAA